GGGCUUGCGGCGGAGAUGCUGCGCGAGCGGACCGUGCGGCUGCAAUACGGCAGCCGCGUGGAAGCGGUGUACGUGCUGGGCACCCACCUCUGGACCGAUGUCUACAGCGCUGCCCCAGCCGGUGCUGAGACCUUUAGCCUGAAGCACUCGGAGCAUGUGCAGGUGGAGGUGGUGUGCGACGGCCAGGCCGAGGAGGUGGCCACCAAUGGCAAACAGCGCUGGCCCCUCUCACCCAGCACCACGCUGCGGCUCACCAUGAGCCAGGCCAGCGCCGAGGCCAGCAGUGACAAGGUCACCGUCAACUACUAUGAUCAGGAGGGGAACUUUCCCAUCGACCAGGCUGGACUCUUCCUCACGGCCAUCGCCCGGCACUGGUGGCCUCUGCUGAACAAUGCAGGCCCGGGGAGGAGUGCCUUGGGGCCCGGCCCCUCUGUGCUGGGGGCAGAGGACCUCCUGCAAGAGGAAUCAUCCUGGACCUGGGGUCCCGAGGGCCAGGGGGCCAUCCUGCUGGUGAACUGUGACCGCGAAUUGCCCUGGUUGCCCAAGGAGGACUGCAGUGACGAGAAAGUCUACAGCAAGCAAGACCUCAAGGACAUGUCCCAGAUGGUCCUGCGGACCAAAGGCCCGGACCGCCUGCCAGCCGGGUACGAGAUUGUGCUGUCCAUCCCCAUAUCCGACGCGGACAAAGUGGGCGUGUUCUACGUGGAGAACCCAUUCUUUGGCCAGCGCUACAUACACAUCCUGGGCCGGCGGAAGCUCUACCACGUGGUCAAAUACACGGGUGGCUCCGCGGAGCUGCUGUUCUUCGUGGAAGGCCUCCGGUUCCCCGACGAGGGCUUCUCAGGCUUGGUCUCCAUUCACGUCAGCUUGCUGGAGUAUAUGGCCGAGGGGAUCCCCCUGACACCCAUCUUCACGGACACCGUGGUAUUCCGGGUGGCUCCGUGGAUCAUGACGCCCAACAUCCUGCCUCCGGUGUCGGUGUUCGUGUGCUGCAUGAAGGACAAUUACCUGUUCCUGAAAGAGGUGAAGAACCUGGUCGAGAAAACCAACUGUGAACUGAAGGUCUGUUUCCAGUAUGUGAACCGGGGCGACCGCUGGAUCCAGGAUGAAGUCGAAUUUGGCUACAUCGAGGCCCCCCACAAAGGCUUCCCCGUGGUGCUGGACUCCCCCCGAGAUGGAAACCUGAAGGAUUUCCCAGUGAAGCAGCUCCUGGUGAGAGGCCACCUGGCUGGGUCCGGCGGACGGCGGAUGACCAAGGUGGUGCGGGACUUCCUGCAGGCCCAGCAGGUGCAGGCGCCGGUGGAGCUCUACUCCGACUGGUUGACUGUGGGCCACGUGGACGAGUUCAUGACCUUCGUCCCCAUCCCAGGCACAAAGCAAUUCCGGAUGCUCAUGGCCAGCACCUCGGCCUGCUACAAGCUCUUCCGAGAGAAGCAGAAGGAAGGCCACGGGGAGGCCAUCAUGUUCAAAGGCCUGGGCGGGAUGAGCAGCAAGCGAAUCACCAUCAACAAGAUUCUGUCCAACGAGGCUCUGGUGCAGGAGAAUCAGUACUUCCAGCGCUGCCUGGACUGGAACCGAGACAUCCUCAAGAGCGAGCUGGGACUGACAGAGCAGGACAUCAUUGACCUGCCCGCAUUAUUCAAGAUGGACGAGAACCGCCAGGCCAGAGCCUACUUCCCCAACAUGGUGAACAUGAUCGUGCUCCACAAGGACCUGGGCAUCCCCAAGCCGUUUGGCCCGCAGGUGGAGGAAGUGUGCUGCCUGGAGACGCACAUCCGAGCCCUGCUAGAGCCUCUGGGCUUCUACUGCACCUUCAUCGACGACAUUUCCGCCUACCACAAGUUUCUGGGGGAGGUCCACUGCGGCACCAACGUCCACCGGAAGCCCUUCACCUUCAAGUGGUGGCACUCGGUCCCCUGACCUGCAGGGGCUGUGGGUGCUCUCCUCCUCCCCACACCCUCCAGAUCCCUCCUGCCCCUCCCCAGAGCCUCCGCCAGCCCAGCAGGGGCUGGACUGCCCCAGAGGGAAGACCUUCAGGAAGGAAUGUGGGAUUGGGGGCUACAGGCCUUACCAACCAUGAUGCCCACCCCCCACAGUGAGCCACAACUCUGUCCUUCCUGAAAGGAACUGGGUUGCUGGCCAGUGUCUGCACAGCCCUGAUAGGAAAAACAAAAUUCGAAAUCAUGGACCCCAUCCACUUCCCACCCCCACCCCCAAGAAUCCUUAGUGCCUGGUCCAAAACUGAACAAGGGGAUGGACAGGAGGUCUGGGCUUGCCGCUUCUUCUGGCCCUGAAGUUCAAGGUAGAGCACCUGGGACACCCAGGUGUGCCUUGAGCUGCCAUCAUCAUUUCAAAGUCACCUCCCUCCAGGUUUUCAGGUGGCUGCCCCAAUCAUUCAUUCCUCACCAGCCUCUCUCCAGCGCCCCCGGACCUUCUCUCUGUAGUGUAGACACGGUUGGCUAGCCCUCCCCACUCCCUGAGGGUCCAAUAACUUCGCUUAGAAUGUUGCCUGAAAACAGACGUCAUCAGAGCCAGCCUUCUCCAUCAGAGAGACACAGCUCUAUGCCCCGUCUUUCUCGUGCACACCGGCUCGCUCCAGACCAGCACCCUUGUGGCCCAAGAGUUUAGUGCUUAUGCAUGUCCUGGGGUCAGCCAGAGCCAUCUGCACCACCUGCCAGGCUCAGGUCUUCCCCUAGGCAGGGCAUAAAAGAUGGGCUGCCCUCUUCCAGGCACCAGACCCAACACACAGGGACCCUGGCCGAGGCCCUAUGGCCUGAACAGUCUAUUGGGGGCUAGCUGCUGGCCUUAGAGAUGGGUUCGCUCAUGGAAAUUCACCAGCACAUUUGUGGAAGACCUCAUCGUUGGGCCAUAGCCAGAUCUGUGCCCUGACCCCAACCGUAAAGACUGUCAACUUUUAAAAGGUCCCCUCAGGGCCAGUAGAUGGCAGGAGCAUACGUGAGUCAUAAUUACACUUCGAAGGUUAAAAAAGAACCAAUUUGCUGCCAAUGAGAAAGUUCCAAAUUUGUAUUUGGGAAAGAUGGAAGCUUUCCCUUGUGGAUUCUCUCAUUCAGUCAUUCAACAGAUACUCAGUGCGUGCCCACUAAGUGUCAGGCACGGUGUGGGGCUCUGGGGACGAAGUGUGAGCGACCAGGCCCCGCCCCUGCCCCCACUUGACCUGCCCGCUUCCUCAUGGGCAGCAUUCGCGACGUCCGUGACACCUGUGCUUUAGGAAUGCCAGCCACUCUGUUCGGAAGAUGCCCAGGGCCCAACGUGACCCUUCUCAAUGACCCUACUGGGUCAGCACCAGCUGACAGGUCCCCAAAGCUCAAAAGCUGUGUCCUCUCUGUGGGGUCCAUGGCCCUCCCUUUUGGGCCAGACUCCCAGCUCUCUCCAGCCCCGGGGCUGGAGACACCAGGUGCCUAUUGGUGGGUGUGCCUCUGGGGUGCAGGAAGCCGGGUGGCACAGAGAUCCUGCCCUCACGUGGGAGGUGGGAACCUGGCAGCCACUCCCUGGGAGGAAGCUGCUCCUGUGAGAAGGACCGCCUUGGAAGCCCCAGGGGGCAGCCGCCCUCUCCUCUGUCCAGGGUCCCUGUGCGCCGCAGCAGUGGGCAGCCAGGGGGUCCUGGAGAUUGAGUUUGGUGUGUGUGUGACUUUGGUCCGUGUGGGUGUGUUUCUUUCCAGUUACCUUCAAGGGAACCGAGUGCCUCCCGUGUAGAAACCAUGUGUCUCGAGAUUUUUUUAAGCUCUCCUGGCCUUAUUGAUAAGCCACUAAUUUUCUGGUGUUUCUGAAGCCCCUGGGACUCAGACGCCUGCCUGCUUCUAGCUCACGAGCCCACCCAGUGUGACGACCUCCGUGUGACCCUUCCCCCUCGAAUCACCGCUCUUCCCCCACCCCCACUUACUAUGAACAGAGGCUGUAGCACACACUUCUGUGUUGCACCACGCAGCCAAGUUCCUGUUUCGAUCUCUGUUUUGAAAUAUUUGAUGUAAGAGGGCAGGGGGGUCGUGAUGAUGGCAAGAAGCAGGAACGGUUACAAGUUUCUGGAAAGAGCCCAUGAGGGAAGUCGAAACCUGUUUGGGGAAGAGUCUCUGGUUAAACAGCAAUAAAGUAAACCGUCGAAGGGGAA